UACAACAUCUCCCUGUUACAAGGACCGGCUGCAGCUUUUUGAUUCACGUUUUAUCUUCACAUUUCUUGGAUAACUAUCAAGUUUUUUUCUAUACAACGCAACGCAACUUAAUUUAUUUAGUAAGACGUGUUCAGUUUUAUAAAUAAUAUUUUUGUGUCUUCAAAACAGUAGACUCUGAAGAUUAAAAUGAUACACGCAAGGUGUAUAUGUAGACGUCCCCCGCAGGUACUCUCUGGAUUGAAGUUCCUCUGAUCUUUGGAGCAGCACACUUAAAGCGGGUAUAGUGGUGCACACACUGGAUUUUUUAAACAAGGGAAACCUGCAAGGCAGAGGGGUUGCAAAUUAAUUCCUUUCACAUUGUGCAAAUAUUGCCUGUUCCAAUUUACGGAGAUCGUGGAUGUUGACUUGAAAAAGAAAGAGAAAAAAAUUACAGAAUUUCUGAUAUUUUUCAAAAACACGGAAACACCUAAUGCGGCAGACGCGGACUCCGUUUUACUUCGUAAAUUUGUCGUGGAGCUGGGAUUCCACGGCUCCUCCGGGAUAUUUCGCCUAAGGACAAUCGGCGGGGUUGUCCUCCACCUUUCCUGUACAGGGCUUUUAAAAACGUUGGAAACAGGUGUAUUUGAGAAACUCAAGAUGUCUCUUCUUCCUUCAAGAUUCAUCUACGUGUGUUUACAUUUCCUGGUCUUCUAUUUCCAGCUACAGGAAUCUCAGCAGAGCUCGGCCGAUUUCCGGUUUUACAUAGAGAACCACACACGGAACCCGGACGACCUGAGCCGAAAGCAGAUCCGGAUCUACCAGCUGUACAGCCGCACCACCGGGAAGCACGUGCAGAUCCUCGGAAAGAAGAUCAACGCCAACGGGGACGAUGGGGGCAAGUAUGCUCUCCUCGUGGUUGAGACGGAAACCUUUGGGAGUCACAUUCGAAUAAAAGGGAAGGAGAGUGGCUACUACAUCUGCAUGAAGAAGAAUGGAAAAAUCAUUGGAAAGCUCAAUGGGAGGAACCAGGAAUGUGUCUUCAUUGAAGAGUUUCUGGAAAACAACUACACAGCACUGGUGUCUGCCAAGUACAAAGGCUGGUACUUGGGCUUCAACCGGAAGGGAAAGCCCAAGAAAGGCUCACGAACGACGCAGACACAGCAAGAAGUUCAUUUCAUGAAACGGCAACCUAAGGGAAAAGUGGACCCGCUGGAGGAGUUCCGUUUUACCACAGUAACCAAACGGACACGUAGGGCGCGACGCUUAAAACCUAACCCCAAAACGAACUGAGGGACAGGUGAAUGGACAGGGAGCGACGACGCCCAUGGAGACCUCAACAGCCUUUUUGCCUUAAACAAUUAAGACGAUUGUUGAAAAGACAACAACAAAAGCAACAAUAGAGGAAAAAAAUAAAUUUUAAAAAGAUGUUUAUUUUUAUACUUGAGGAGCAUUAAAUAUCUCCCAACUGCUGAAUGAUUCUGGGUUCUUAUAAUAAUUAUUUGUCAGCGACUUUAUUUAUACUGGAUAGCUUAUGGAUUUAAGAAAAAAACUCAAACCAACACCUUUCAACAGCAACUACAACUUAAAAACAGGAGUUAUGUAUCUUUUUUAGAAAGAGGGGUUGAUUAUCAGAAACAUCUUGUGGAAAUCCUGAGAGGUUCACAAAGAAACGGAUCCCACUGAGAUCAGACACCACUGAGACCAAAAGGGACAGAGAUACUACCACAUAUGACACAGACUCUUUAGGUAUCUGCUUAGCUUGAAGUGCAAUAUUUUAUUUGAAAACAAACUUUAAAGAAUCACCCUUUUCCUUUGGUGGAGACAUUGUGUCAUGGUUUUCAUGAUCACCCCCAACUUCAGCUUGACCAGUGAGCUAUACUGGCUGGAAUGCUCUGAACUCACUGUGUACUGUAUUACUUUUUUUAUUGGAAUUUUUGUGCAACCUAUGAUUCCGCUUGAAGGACAAGCUUGGACUUGCCCAGUGUCAGCAAGUGACAGUAGUCUCUCAUGUAAACAGAAAGCUGGAGUGACUGAGAAAGCCCAGAGUAUUGCUACGCUUUGGAACAGUAGACCUGCUUUAACACUUUUGUUAUGGGUGGCACGGUUAAGCAGAAACAUAAAAAGUUCUCAACCAUCUCAUUGCCUUUUCACCCAAUCGGACUGGAUGCAUCGAUUGCUUUAUGAUAUCCAACACACAAUAUUAAAUUUAUUUGGUAGUUUUAUACCUCCAUAUGGCUUUAUUUCCUCUUGAUAGGGGAGCAUCCAUGGAACUAUCGUAUUACAAGAAGAAGCUUCCCUCUUAUCCUCACCUCUCUGUUCAGUGAAAUGACUUGCAAAUCUAUAGCAGUUACAUAAACCAUAAAUAUUACGCAUUACAUAAAUAUGUCUGCUGGAGUACCUUCAUGGAAGGCUAUAUGUUUUCAUAUUUUCAUGAUGCAUUUUCAUGGUGCAUGGUGCAUUUUCCAAGCUUGAGUUCACAGACAAGGGAUUUUGCUCUGACCCUGACAAGUAAUUUAAACACAUGUUCCCAAAGGCCGGAUAUAUCAGUUGUCUCCAGUGGUUGCCUUGGUUACUCCCUAACAAUUGUCUUCAUUUCUGACAUCGAGGCACACUGUCAAUUUGCCGUGCUCUGAGAAUGUCUUAGUUACAACUGACAUGUUCAUAUGCUGAGAACAUUGGGGUACAAAGAAGUAUGUUUGUACUUAGCCAGAUAUGUUUACAGAAUGACACCCCCACCCACACAAAUGGAAAUGCAUAAUCUGUGAGCACGCUGACUGAAACAUUUCCCUACAGAGCAGGUGGAGGCAACUUGACAUUGACAGUUUUGUACGUCCUCCAAGUAUGAAGCAGACUCUGUGACAUUCUUCUUGGUGAAUGGUUCUAGAAAGAUUUAUCAGAGGACACAGUGAUUUGGAGCACCAGAGAUGGCUUGAGACAUAUGGGCAGCCACUUAUUCACAAGGUUCAGCUUACGUAGGUGGGGCUGUGUUAUAUACUUACUUGCCAUCAGGCAAACUUUUUUUGUUUGAAUAAACUGUGUAUGUGAUGCUACUAACAACAUGAACCAUGUAAAAUCUAAAAAAUGUAUGCGAAAAUAAUUUUUAUGACUAUUAUAAAAUAUUUAUUGCCUUUCAUUGUAAAUACAACCUGAUGAAUCUAUUUGUCCUUUGUUAAUAAAGC